AAAUCCACGGUGUGCGUCGAGAGUUCUGUUGUAUUUCAAAAUUGAACAUUCGUAGCAACCGCGUUUCCAGUAGAAAUGCUUCCUAUUUGUUUCAAAUGUAAUUUCUUAUGCUAUCUUCGUUUCUAUUUAAUAAAAGCGACCGCAUUCUCGACUGUAACAGGAAGGUCAUCAUAGCUUUAAUGCUGGCGCUAAACAGGAAGUGAAACUCUCCAGCUUGACUUGUAUUUUCCUCUUCGGUUCCCGUCAGUGUCUCCGGGAUGCUAAACAGGCGGGCGGGGCCGUUAUUCCUUGCAGUGCAGCCCUGAUGUAGCAGGACGACCAGAAGGGACACAGAAGGAGCAGAGGACGGUUCUCACGGUUCGGUUUGUGAUAUCGUUUUUUUUAAUCUUUAGCAUUCUUCAGAUUAAAUAGGAUUCAUAUGCAGUCUUAACGUCUAAAGCGUCGGAGCCUUCUCAUGCGGACAUCUUGAUUUUCUCACAUCACUGUGUCGGAGAGCGGAACCGUAUUUUUCUGUCGUGUCAGCCUGCUUGGAAGUAGCGCUAUUUGUGUGUGUUUUUCUUUUUAGUGGAACUCUAAAUCCCACAGCAUGGCGUGGCCCUGCAUCAGCCGGGCGUGCUGCAUGGCCCGGUUCUGGAACCAGCUGGACAAGGCUGACAUUGCAGUGCCUUUGGUCUUCACCAAGUACACGGACGUGUCGGAAAUGCAGCACAUCCAGCUGCAGCCGUCUCUCCAUCCUCCCCAGGCCCGGGUCGCCAUAGAAACGCAGCCGUCGCGCGCGGAAACCCGCUUGGCGAAAACGUCGCGUGGGCCGCGCAGGUGCGUCUCCGAGGAGCGCGUGUGCAGCUCGGUGAUGCGCGAGGACUUCAAACAUUGGAAAGUGCGGCCCGAGCCCAGCUGUAAACCCAGGAGCGAGUACCAUGAGCCGGAGACACCGUUUAACACCGAGACCCAGUACCAGAAGGACUUCAAGCCCUGGCCCAUCCCGAAGAGGUACGACCACCCCUGGAUACCCAAACCCCCACCGAGCGCCGGCGACGACCACCGACCCAGGCACGUGAAAAAGCACGUAGCGCUGGAUGCGGAAUGCGGCGUGGAGAAAGGCGCCAUUGCCGACAAGGUGCAGGAAAAAGACCUGCUGCAAGGGCAGGAGAGGAAAAAGCGGUCCGGUAAGCAGGAGGGGCCGAAAAAGGUGGUCCUGAAGGUGGAGGCAGAAGGCAGGGGGAGGGCGGCGGUGGAUGCCCUGAACCGACAGAUCAAGGAGGAGAUCUCAGCUGGCAGCUCCUAUAAAACCGAGUUCAAGGCGUACAAAGACGUGAAGCCAGUGAAGAUGAUUCGGGCCAAGUCCCAGUACCUGCCUCCAGAUGAAAAGACGAGCUUAGAGACCAGCUACAGCGCCAACUUCAAAGCGCUGGCUCCGCUGCAGCCCACGGACAACAAGGCCCAGGAGAGGAGGAGGAUACGCAGUUUGUACAGCGAGCCUUACAUCGAACCCAGCAAACAGGUUGACAGGUAUAGUGUCCCGCGCUCUAAACCUAAAAAGCCUGGAGCCGCAGCAGCAGGCCAGGGUAAACCGGUGAGGAAAGCCAAAGAUAAGCAGAGCGCCGCGCUGAAGGGCUCCAAGAAGACGACCUCGGAGAACCAGCCUGAGAACCGGCCGGCGGUCAGGGACAAGGAGAAAAAUCGCUAUAGUAACGAGUGGGCGGAAGCAUCCUCUUUCCCGUCUCCGCCAUUUGAUGCCACCCACCUCCCCCCACUCUGCUCGCCUCCAUCUCCAGGUUGCCAUGGCUACUCGGCUGCCCGGCCAACCAAUGGAUGACUUUUGUUGCAUGGGCCCAUUUACAAGCACGUCUGAAGGGUUGGCUUUGAUCAGCUGAGCAGAUUGCUUUGUAGAGUUUAUCAAGGAUUUAUCUAUAUUUUUUUUUCCUUUCUUUUUGUUUUUUGUUGUUUUUUUUGAGGGAGGAAGGCUUGAAGAAAAAGUGACUCAUAUUGGCUCUUUUGAAAAAAAAAUUAUUAUUUUUUCUUUUUUUGAAGAUGCAAACUGGAAAAUCUUUGAUAAAUGUCCAGCUUGGUUAUUCAUGAUGUGUGCGUGUGAUCCACAGCUUGUUCUGUACUCGCUCUGUUUGCCUUUCUGUCACUGUCUCUGAAAGUGUGUUUGGCAUUUACCAUCUCUGCUUUGGUAAAUGUGAAAAAUGUGAAAAGAAAAAAAAAAAUGUCAUUUUCAGAUCGAAAAUGUCUUUGAUUCAUCUGCAGAUCCUGUUCUCCCAUUCAGCAUCUGCUCCUUUCAUGUGAGCCUCAUUCAUACCGCAGUUUGUCCUGAAAGCGACGGUUAGGUUACAUUAAACCGAUUAUGCAUUAAGGCCUAGUCUGUCAGAGAACAGAGGAGGAUUCCCUAUGAAUUACAUAAUGCUGUAAUGCAAGCGUAACCCUUUUAAACCGCAGUACUAUCAUUUCUCAUAAUAAGGGUUAGGGAGGGAGGCACUCAGAGGAGCUGGGAACUGUUCGUGUUUGUUUCCUGUGUGUCUGUCGCACAACGUUCUCAGCUUUCAGCCUGACUGCUCUUAACUCAGUGGAAUCACCUCCAACACUCUCUUUAUUAGCAAGGCUCCUCCGUCUGAGAAGCCACAGUGAUGCGACUGUGUGAACGCAGAGACACACGCCUCCCUGUACGGCCUCUUUUGUUAUGCACUGAUGUUAUUUCACUGACUUGGGACGACAAGAAACAGAUCAUAAUUCAGCUUUUAGAUUAUUCAUUCACGGAUGCACAGUGACAGAGAUGUCUGUUUUCCAUCUACUUCAGAUAUUAGGGAUGGGGUGGUUUUGUUGGUUUUAAAUGCUAAUUAUGAAAACAAACACCGCUAGUAAAAAAAAAA